CCCUCUCUCCCUCUCGAUCUCGACCACCUUUCCUUCUCUUCUCCCCUUUCUCCGCUGAGCUCCAUCUCCGAAUCAAGGGAAAAUUGAGUCAUAUAUCGGAGGUAAUUGUGGGAAAAACCCUAAACCCUAAUACGAGGCCAUGAACGGCAAUAUGAACCCUCCGCAGCCGAGGAAGAACGGCCUCGCCACACGCCGUGGAGCUUCGGCGGCGAAGAAGGCCACGCCAUCCGAGAAUAGUGGUGGCACGACGCCUGCUAAUGGGAGCAUAUCCAAGCCCUCUUCCCCCAAUCAAACCACUAAUGAGAGGACGGUGAAGAAGCUCAGGCUUUCGAAAGCGCUUACGAUACCAGAGGGAACGACGGUCUCCGAUGCUUGCCGGAGAAUGGCUGCUCGGCGGGUCGAUGCUGUUCUUCUCACUGAUGCGAAUGGGCUUCUAUCCGGAAUCGUCACCGAUAAGGACAUUUCUACGAGGGUCAUUGCAGAUGGAUUGAGGCCAGAUCAGAUUGUUGUUUCGAAGAUUAUGACUAGAAAUCCUACUUUUGUGAUGGCGGACACCCUGGCAAUCGAAGCAUUGCAGAAGAUGAUCCAAGGAAAAUUUAGGCAUCUUCCUGUUGUUGAAAAUAGCGAAGUUAUUGCCAUGCUAGACAUCACAAAAUGUCUGUAUGAUGCUAUAUCAAGAAUGGAAAAGGCUGCUGAGCAGGGUAGUGCCAUAGCUGCUGCUGUGGAAGGGGUAGAGCGCCAGUGGGGCAGCAAUUUUUCAGCUCCUUCUGCUUUCAUAGAAACUCUUCGGGAAAGAAUGUUUAAGCCUUCUUUGUCAACUAUCGUCACGGAGAACUCCAAAUUUGUAAUUGUAUCUCCUUCUGACCCUGUUUAUGUUGCCACCAAAAAGAUGCGUGAAUUUCGAGUGAAUGCGGUGAUUGCUGUUACGGGAGGCAAGCCUCAGGGAAUUCUUACAUCAAAAGAUGUUCUCAUGCGAGUGGUUGCACAAAACCUUUCUCCUGAACUAACUUUGGUAGAGAAGGUCAUGACUGCAAACCCAGAAUGUGCCACUCUGGACACUACAAUUCUUGAUGCUCUACAUAAGAUGCAUGAUGGGAAAUUUCUUCACCUUCCGGUAUUAGAUAGAGAGGGACAGAUUGUGGCUUGCUUGGAUGUUUUGAAAAUAAGUCAUGCUGCGAUUUCCGUGGUUGAGGGAAGCUCUGAUACGGCAAAUGAAAUGGCAAACACAAUGAUGCAGAAGUUUUGGGAUUCUACCCUUGCUCUUGAGCCAGCAGAUGAGGAGUUUGAUACUCAAAGUGAACUUUCUGGCAUGAUGGCAUCCGAGUACGCUGAAACUGGAAGAUCGUUUUAUCCACCUGUUGCUGGGAAUUCAUUCUCCUAUAAGUUCGAGGACCAGAAGGGACGAAUGCAUAGGUUCAGUUGUGGUACUGAGAGUCUAGCUGAGCUUGUUGCUGCCGUAUUACAAAGAUUAGGGCUUAGCAAUAAAGAUAAAGAAUGUAUUCAACUUCUGUACGAAGAUGAUGAACAUGACAAAAUUUUGCUAACAGCAGAUGUGGAUCUUGUUGGAGCUGUUAGUCAAGCCAGAUUAGCUGGUUGGAAGGUUCUGAGAUUGCAUAUUGCGAGCGAAUCAACCAAUACUGGGCAACAUGAACAUUUUUUCAGAAACAGCUGCCCCAAAGCUGUUUUCCAAAGCUGUUUUCACACAGCUGCUACAAAUAAACAGUCAGCUUCUCAACAGCAGCUUCCUGGGGCAGCACAGUUGCAGCUGAAAAACUGA